AUGUCGAAUGAAUGUAAUGGAACAGAACCAAAUUCUGAAGAUGAGCAAAUAAAUGAAUCUUAUAAUAAAAAUCCAACAUUCCGAAUUUGUUGCAUUGGUGCUGGUUAUGUUGGUGGUCCAACAUGUGCCAUAAUAGCUAGUAAAUGUCCACAUAUACAAGUAACUGUUGUUGAUGUAAGCGUUGAUAGAAUUGCAGCUUGGAAUUCAGAUAAUUUACCUUUAUUUGAACCUGGACUUGAUGAAAUGGUUAAAAGUAUUCGUAAUCGUAAUUUAUUUUUUUCAACUGAUGUUAAAAAAGCAAUCCAAGAAGCUGAUUUAAUCUUUAUUAGUGUUAAUACACCAACUAAAUCCUAUGGUUUUGGUAAUGGUCGAGCACCUGAUUUACGUUAUGUUGAAGAAGCUGCUCGACAAAUAGCACAGAUAGCAACAAGUAAUAAAAUUGUUGUUGAAAAAUCUACAGUGCCGGUAAAAGCAGCUGAAUCAAUAAAGACAAUAUUAAAAACAAAUAAACAACCUGGAGUUUCUUAUCAAGUUCUUUCGAAUCCAGAAUUUUUAGCUGAAGGUUCAGCUAUUCAUGAUCUUUUAGCACCUGAUCGAGUUUUAAUUGGUGGUGAUGAAACAAUUGAUGGUUCAUUAGCAAUUAAAAAACUUUCAUGGAUUUAUGAACAUUGGGUACCAAAAGAAAAAAUCCUUACAACUAAUACAUGGUCAUCGGAAUUAUCUAAACUAGUAGCUAAUGCAUUUUUAGCUCAACGUAUUUCAAGUAUUAAUACGAUAUCAGCUGUUUGUGAAGCAACAGGUGCAUCUGUUAGUGAAGUAGCUAAAGCAGUUGGUUUAGAUUCACGUAUUGGAAAUAAAUUUUUGAAUGCUAGUAUUGGUUUUGGUGGUAGUUGUUUUCAAAAGGAUGUUUACAAUUUAAUUUAUCUAGCUGAAUCAUUAAAACUUGAACCAGUUGCUCAAUAUUGGUUACAAGUUAUUAAAAUCAAUGAUUGGCAACGUGAACGUUUUGCUCAGAUGAUUGUUCAAAACUUAUUUGGAAGUGUUAGUGGAAAAAAAAUAACUGUUUUUGGUUUUGCUUUUAAAAAGGAUACUGCUGAUACACGAGAAUCAUCAAGUAUUUAUGUAUGUCAAUAUUUAUUAGCUGAAGGUGCAUCAUUACUUAUCUAUGAUCCAAAAGUACCGGAACAAAGAAUUUUUCUUGAUUUAUGUGAACAAACUGGUAAAACGGAAGCUGAAUUAAGUGAACAUGUUCAAAUAGUUCAUAGUGCAUAUGAAGCGGCAAAAGAUUCUCAUGCACUUGUUAUUUGUACUGAAUGGGAUGAAUUUAAACAAUUGGAUUAUCAAUUGAUUUAUAGUACAAUGAAAAAACCAUCAUUUAUAUUUGAUGGUCGUCUUAUACUUGAUCAUGAUCAUUUAAUGAGUAUUGGUUUUAAUGUAUUUUGUAUUGGCAAGAAGCCACCAGUAAAUCAAUAUUUUAAUCAAAGCCCUCGAUAA